CCAGUUUUCCAUGUUUUGUUUAUUUUCCUGAGGCGGUGGGUGAAGCAAGACUUUUAAUAUCCCGAUAAUGGUGAACGCGAAGAGGCUUUGAACUUGAUCGAGUGGGGAUAUCGGCUACGAUUAAGGCUGUGAGAGCUUGAGUUAAAUUGAAGAUCCAAGAUUUCAUUUUAAAUUCAUAGACAAGGGACGUGUAGCCUGUACAUUGGCGACAUCGAUAACCUAGCCUACUACUUUAACGAAACUCAUUCAUUGAUCUAAUUUUACAGCAGUAAACAAGAAUCUCUUUACCUUCGGUUUACAUUCUCUGUAUCAUUUACCUCGGUAGACCUCCCACUAUAUUUUUCUUCCACGGAUUCUUCAAACUAAACGCGUCAUGGCCGGUGAACUGCAAAGGGGGAGGCCGGGCUCGGGGCGCUCUCGAACCGGGAAAGCUGUAGCGUUGGCUCGACUACUACACCGGGAUUGCACUCGCUUGUUGGAGCUUUACAAAGAGAAAGAAAGCUUCCCAUCCGAACACUCUACGGAGACAGAUCGGAUUUUGUCUCUCUGCGUGACUUCCCCCGAUCUCUCAGCCGAUGAGAGGGUGUGGCUUCUGCACUCCGCCCUUCAGCAAUGCCUCGGGCUACUGGAAUAUGUGAUUGGCCGGGAGGAGGAGCUAGAGGGCGAAGGGGACGAAGAAUAUCACAGUGUCCGUAGAACUGUGAGGGACAGGCUGGGCCACUUGCUCAACACGACUAGGGUCCUACUGGAGAAAGAAGAGGAAGUUAAUAUUCCAACACCCAAUCCCGACUGUAACAAGGACGUGGAGGUGGAUGAAGGAGAUGGCGUUUUUGGGAUGAAGCUCUGGAUCUACCGGGUUCUGCAGGAAUUGAUCCACUGGUCUCACUCAGCCUCAGAGGCCCUCCAUGUCUUCCACUCAGAGAGGGAAGCGAGAGAACAGGAGAGGCUGGGCAGUGAGAAUGACGGAGCUGAAAUCUAAGAGGGGGGGAAGGAGGGGGGCAGGAGGGAAGGGAACAGUGAAAUUAGCAUGGAGGUGGUAGGAAUCCCUACUUCAAUUGAAGACAAAGCGGGAUUGGUCGAAAUAGUAGCCCCAAUUACCUUUUUAUUUAUUUAAAAAGAAAAAUGAAUGUGAGAAUCGCUUCAGAAGAUAGUUUUAAAUCUCAAUUCUGUAAUAACUUUAAUAGUGUUAACAUGUGCUGCUAACCCACUGAAAUGUUAUAUUGUAAAGUAAAUCUAUAAGCUAUAUUGGCAGUUGCACUGUUUAAAGUUCACUUGUAGCUAAAAUGCCAUGACGCGUUGACUGUGAAAAUUGAGCUAAAGUACUAACACACUGCCACAUUCACUUGUUCCCCUGUGCAUGUAGCUAAAUCACUGGCAAACUAACACAGUGUUAAGUGGUCAGAAGUUUGUUGGUUGUGUAUAACUUUUGCUUUGUGUGAUAAACCUAGAUUGCUGCUGAACUGCAAUGCAACAGCUGUUGUGUUGCUGGUAAAUCACUUGAGAACUAAAGUGCAUUCAUCAAAUUGCCAUGUGACAGGAUCUUGCCAUGGACCAAGAAGAAACCUGCUUGAAAAUAUUUGGGAGAUUUGGUUGUCACUCUUCAGUUCUUUAAAAACACCAUUUAUGUGUAGGUAAAUGGUCAUUAUUUGUUUAAACUUCGGGUAGCAAAUGUCUCUUUGUGAAUCUUCAAGACUGCAUAUCCUGCAUUUUAGGUGACAUUCAAGAAUCUGACAGAUUGUGUAACAUUUCGAUUUUGAAAUAUUGAAGUGUUAUGUGCUUGGUUUGUCUUUUUGUGUAUUCAUUGCAACCAGUCUCAUGACAACAGAUCGCUAACAUUAUAACUCACUGACUUUAACAUUGUAACUAAAAUAACUCUCAUCUUUACUUUGUACCCUUGUUAAUCAUGGAGGGAGGGAGUGCUUAAAGAAUGUACAAUACAGCAACAGAACAGUGGGUGAGAAGAAAAAGACAUUUCAGAGGAAAAAACAUUUAAAGCCAAACUAAAAUGGGUUCUGUUUUCCUAAAGCUGUGUUAUGAUUUUUUUACUAUUUAUUAUUGUUCACAGAUUUGUACAAUUUACAGUAAAAUGUAAAAUGUUACACUUAUUUAUUUAAUAUUACGUAUAAUGUUCUAUUGCUCAAUCUCAGAAGAUUAUCUUGCAUCCUUUGUUUAAAUAUGGAUGUUGGUGCUCGAUGUGUACGCACCACAAGGAUAUACUAUAGAUGCAGGUAAAGGUAGAGUCAAAGGUCAAAUGUGGUGAAAGUAAGGAGCACUCUCUACUUCUGUACUCAUUCUAUCAUACUGAUACCUUCUUUUUUUUAAUAUAAAAUGCAUAAAAAUGUGUACUUGUGAAAUCAUUUAACAAUAAAUUCACAGUGUUCUGA